AUGCAUGAGAAGAAACACGAGGAGAGAGAGAGAGAGUACAUGGCCAUGUACCAGGAGCAGGCAGCACAGAGCAGACGGCAGCUGGAGGAUCUCCUGGCCCGGUCGGGGCCCGCUCCUGUUCCUGCCUUCUGCACAGCGCUGAAGCCGGUGGCGGGCGGAGCUCCAGUUCUGGGUAUGUCGGCUGUGAUGGUGCGUGAGAUCGCCUGCCAGCUGGUCUCAGCUCUGUAUUAUUUACACUCCCAUCGCAUUCUUCAUCGUGACAUGAAACCACAAAACAUACUCUUGGGGAAAGGUGGGGUGGUGAAACUGUGUGACUUUGGGUUUGCCAGGUUCAUGAGCACCUCCACCUUGGUGCUGACUUCUAUCAAAGGAACGCCGCUGUACAUGUCUCCUGAGCUGGUGGAUGAGAAGCCAUAUGACCACACGUCUGACCUCUGGUCUUUAGGCUGCAUCCUCUAUGAGCUCCACACAGGCACACCACCGUUCUACAGCAACUCCCUCUUCCACCUGGUGCAACUUAUCGUGAGAGAUCAAGUAAAAUGGCCAGACACGAUGAGCGAGCCCUGCACAGUAGGGUAACGCUACAUUUUAACAAUGUUACCAUGUAGGAGACUUCCAGUCUUAAUGCAUCAUUCUAAUCUACCUUUUUCAGCUAAUUCUGAUGUCUUGUUGGCAGAAACAAAUCUUUUCAGCCCUCUGACCGUCCCACCCAGCCCUGACAUGAUGGCGCUUAAACUUCAGCAAGCGGCAGCGAAGACUGUACCGACUUCUGGACGUAAUGGAUUACUGCGAAAUGACUGGGAGCAGAGGGACAACAGUGGCCGAGAGAAACCAGUAGAUUGUGCUAAAGCUGAAGUUAAAAAGCAUGGACUGGGAAAUAAAAGGGUCGACUCUGCAAAAGCAACAAAGCUCCGCAGAGCCACGCCCCACCCCAGUGAUGAUUCUGUAACCUCAGGUGAUUCUGUCAGAGCUAAAUCCGAAACUGCCAAUCAAGUCCUCAACCCAAAGACUCAAGCCUGCGUGAGGUCAAAACCCAGGGGUCAGAUCAGCAUCGACUACGAAAAGGAAUUUCUGUCUGUGAAGGUCGGCCCACGACUGCUGAGUAGACGCAAUGACAACAAACAGACCAGUCAUAACCCGCAGAAUGUUGACAGUGUGGAGUACUGGGAAAAACUGGCCCAAGAGUCAGAUCAGAGCAAACAGCAGGGAGAGCAGUUUAAAUACAAUACCAUUAUACCUCAACUUAAAGCCAAGAUUCAGUUUUUUUUUUCUGUUAACAGGUGGGCUGUUGAAGAAGCAUGGCAGAUUCACCAACCGCUGAAGGUCUUACGCAACCUGCUACAGACCCCUGACCUUAAGAAGUCCAACUACAUUGGCCAGGAACUGGGACUACCCCAUGUCCUCUUGGACGUUGUCCACGUUACUGUAGAAAACUCAGACUACGUCCCGCGACCGUGGAGUGUGUCAGCACUUGGAGAAACUAUUGCAGUCGUCAUGAUCUACUGGAAUAAACAUCCCGACUGGAUAGAAGAAGAUCACAGACUGGAAGAGUUCACCAAGCCCUUUCUCGCAGUUCUUAGUCAACCAGACUUCUUUCCUUAGUCACCUUUGGCUGCGUCUGUUUUGUGUCUGUUUACACAACAUAACGUCGAUGUCAAAGCUGAUGUGAACAGUCUAACCUCCCUACUGCAAAACCUGCUUUUGGACUCAUAUGAGAACGGCACUUCACUAGCAAAGACAACAGCAGUCACAGACUUCUGUUCGGCAAAUGGGCUGUUUUCCUUUCUGUCCACUGCUUUCUUCCUCUUCACUGAGGAUCCACACUCGUGCAUCCCUCUGUUUUCUGAGAGUGGAUCGAAAUGCGUAUACACUCUUGGUCGGCUGCUGGGCACUGACUGGUAAAUUAGUUAGUCUACUGUUUCAUGUAAAUGUUCGAGCUGCACAGCCACUGUGCUGUGCAGUAGCCACUGUCGGCUGUUUGAUGUGACAACUUGUCAGGGUGUUUAUUUUUUUUUCAUGCUUUGGCAGGUUAUUCAAACUCUUCCUCCUCUGCUGUUGGAGCUGCCUCUCUCCCUGCUGAGCCGUUUGCUCCUGUGUGACCCCGAACGCUCCGUCCCCCGCCUCAGAAAAGCUGCCUGUGGUCUGUUCUCACCACCCAGGGACCAACAGCUGACUGCCUCCAAACACCAAACUCUGCUAACCAGAACUGCCAGCUCUCUGCUCUUUGACUUGUUGCAGCAGGAUGAGCUGUGGGACUCUGCAGUGGAGCUCUUAACUCUAUUGUCCCAAGUAGCCCGUUGUUCCGCUCGGCCUGCCAGCCUUCAGCUUCACCUGGACGCCUCGGUGCUGCACCAGGCGCUGGCUCACCCUCAUGACGGCGUCAGGGCCACCACCUGUCGCCACCUGUAG